AACCAUAGAGCCACCAUUUACUGUAACGUCUGGAUGGAUGUCAAAGCAGAGAUGUGUGAGACUGACAUAAAUAUCAUGGAGAGAUGGACUGCAAGUGUCAAGAAGGAGAACUAUGAAUGGGAGCUUGACUACCUUAAACAGGAGAGCCUGAGCAUUAAGGAAGAGGAGUGUGAACUGGGAUCAGUGGGUGUUAAAGUAGAGGCUGAAGAGAACUCUGUCAUCAUUGAAGCACCAAAAAAUAAAAGUGUGGAGAGUGUCAAGGAAGGCUACCUUCAUCAUGGAUGUCAAGAUGGAGCAAUGACUGGGUUAGUCUCUUCUGAAAGCAGACCAUGCUCAUCUGUCAAUGUAAAGUCUGAAUCGUUACAGUCUGUUACAGGGGGAAUUGAGGAACAUUCAUCAGUUAGAACUCAGAAAGAUGAGCCACCACCUACAAAGCAGUCUGAUAAAGGAAACAAAGACCACUGCUGUUCUGAAUGUGGUAAACGAUUCUACAAAAGCAGUCAUCUUCAGAGCCACACUAGAAUUCACACAGGAGAGAAACCAUAUUACUGUUCCGAAUGUGGCAAACAAUUUCGUGUAAGGAGAGAUCUUCAGAGCCACACUACCGUUCACACGGGAGAGAAGCCAUAUUGCUGUUCUGAAUGUGGCAAACGAUUCUGUUACAGGAGUGGUCUUUGGAGACAUAAACGGAUUCACAUGGGAAAGAAGCCAUAUCGCUGUUCAGAGUGUGGCAAACAGUUCUGUGAAAAGAAAGAUCUUCAGAACCACACUACAAUUCACACAGGAGAGAAGCCAUAUUGCUGUUCUGAAUGUGGCAAACGAUUCUAUUACAGCAGUGGCCUUUGGACCCACACAAAAAUUCACACAGGAGCAAAGAAGACAUAUUGCUGUUCUGAAUGUGGCAAACAAUUCCGCGAAAGAAGUGCUCUUCAAAAUCACACUACAAUUCACACAGGAGAGAAACCAUAUUCCUGUUCUGAAUGUGGCAAACAAUUCCAUUACAGGAGUGGUCUGUGGAGACACAAACGAAUUCACGCUGGAGAGAAGCCUUUUAUUUGUUUGGACUGUGGCAAACAAUUCUCUGACCGGAGUACUCUUCAGACCCAUAUUAGAAUUCACACAGGAGAGAAGCCAUUUUCCUGUUUGGAAUGUGGCAAACAAUUUUGUGACAGGAGUAAUCUUCGGACCCACAAUAAAACUCACACAGGAGAGAAGCCAUUUUCCUGUUUGGAAUGUGGCAAACAUUUCCGUAACAGAGCUAAUCUUCAGAGCCACACUAGAAUUCACAUUGGAGAGAAACCAUGUUGCUGUUUGGAAUGUGGCAGAAAAUUCUAUGAUGACGGUGAUCUUCAGAGGCACAUUAGAAUUCACUCCAGAAAAACGAGCAUACUUUAGGAAUCAAGAGUGAGAUUCAUUCCUGUCUUAAAAAUUUUGCAAACUAAACAAUUGUUGAGAAAUUAGUCUCUUGAAAAAAGCCCUAAAGAGUAAAUUAGACAUGAAAGGAGGAGGAAGGAGUCAAAAGUCUUGAUGAGUACUUUCAAAUAGUGGGCCUUAAUUCUGCAAGAUUCAUACUAAAUCUCAUCAAGGCAAAACUACAUUGUUCAUGUGAAAAUGAUGAAGAAAAAUAAAUCAUAGUGGAUGAACAUCAAAAGCGCUCAAACCCCUGCCUCGGCACUAGGGUAGGUGAUGAAGAUAACAACUUUGAAAUGGUCCAAAUAUGUUGCUUGUGUCACACACAAUAGAACACACACUAAUUAAUGGCUCUGUGGGAGGGCUGAGAGCACGAAAAGUUCAAGCAAAAUUCCAAUAAUGGAAAUUGCAGUAUUCCAUAUUAACAUACCUUAGCUUCACAAUGCCGAACAAUAAACUCAAAACUUUGGCUAAAGCACAAAAGUUAAGAAGGUACAAAUGGAAACACACUGAAUAGGAAUAAGGGAUUAAUACAAAAAAGUUCUAUGGUGGACCUGAAAGUAACUAUAUCACCUAACAAAAAAGAAACUGAGGAAUGUUGGGGAAGCAUUGAUGAAAAUUCUCAAAAGUAACAACAAAGAAAGAACACAGAUAACUAAACUACAAAUGGAAAUGGAAAUAACCCAAUUGCAAGAAAUGUCAUGAACUGUGGUAAAAGCAGAAGAGUUCAAAAUACAAAUUCAAAACUCCUGCUAACUGGAAGACAUCCAAUCCAGAUGUACCUAACUUCUAACAACAUCUAGAAUUAGGAUUUGGCUAACUGUAAAAAUAUGAUAAUGUAACAGCUAGAGAUGACUACAUAGCGUCUCACUACAGGGAGUGGCCUUCCUGCUUUCAAAACUGUAAAAACCAACAUACUUGUCACUCUCUCAGCACAUCAAGAGACUUAUUUAUUAUCGGCACGAACAACAUACAAUGUUUUAAAUAGACCUCAGACCUAAAUGUUACUUUUGCUCUCCAAGAAAAUAUUAAAACAUACAAAGACUUGGUAUCCUUGACUAUAGGCCAUUUAUCAGCCAAGAAUACCUUCUUCUCGUACUGUCCCUAACUAUUGAGUGGCGCCGUCACUCUCAGCCUUAAAACCCCGCAGCACAGAGCUAAAUGGCAAAAUCUCCAGCUACUUCAGGUGCUCUUAGAAAUCUACAUUAUUACUUCAAUCAUUCUAGACAUUAAGACAAAGCAUAGAAAGAUG